AGGUGGAGUACAAGAAUAAGGUAAAGAAAGACUUAAAUGGACUUCUGAAGGAAGAAAAAUGGAGACAGAGACCAUUUUAAGCCUUAAACACCAACUCAAGGAAGCAGAGAAUGAGCGAAGGAAGGCAGCACAAUAUGGCUUGCAUUUAUUGGAGUCCCAAAAUGAAGUUCAAAAUCAGUUGGAUGAAGCACGUCGUGAAUUGACUGAAAAAACUGAGAAAUUUGAACAAGAGAAAUACUCUCUCCAGAGAGAAAUGGAACUCAAGAGUCGAAUGUUGGAAAGCUUGAGUUUUGAAUGUGAUUCCCUUAAGCAACAGCAAAACAUGCAACUGGAUAAACAGAAAGAACAGCUUGCCAGAGUCUAUGGACAAGAAAUCAGUGACCUUAAAAACAAGUUGGAGAACCUGAAAGCGGAACUAGAUGAAACCCGGCUCUCGGAGAAACAACUGAGGCACAAAGUGGAGCAUCAGAAGGAAAUAAUUGCUGCCAAGUCAGAAGAAUUACAUAUCAUGUCUGAGCGUGUACAUGAGACCAUGUCUUCAGAAAUGCUCAAUCUUCAGCUAGAACUCACUGAACUAGAAAGUGUGAAGGCCAGUGUUGAAGAAAAGCUGACUGAACUACAGUACAGUAAAGAACAACUAGAACUCAUAAACAGUAACCUACGUAAUCAGCUGGAGCGUCUACAGGGAGAGAAAGAAGAGAGGGAAAAAGAAAUUGUUUCUUACUGUAUUGCAUUAGAGAAAGCUCGCGAAGCUAAUCAGGAGCUUCAGGUUCAGCUGGAUCAUGCAGUGCAGCAGUCUCUGGACCCUACAAGAAAAGGCAAUUCUCUCUUUGCUGAGGUGGAGGACCGUAGGGCAGAAAUGGAACGACAACUGAUCAGUGUGAAAGUAAAAUAUCAAUCCCUACAAAAGCAGCAUGCAUUCACUAGAGAACAGUUGCAAAGAAUGAAGCUGCAAAUGGCUACACUGCUCCAGCUAAAAGGCUCUCAGGCAGAAUUUGAGCAGCUGGAACGCUUGCAGUCGAUGUUAGAACAGAAGAAUGGUGAGAUUGAAGAUCUGCUUAUGAAAGUGAGGCAGCUAGAAAGAUUUAAGACUUUGUAUGAGAAUAUGGAAGAAUCCAGAGCUAGUAGUAGCUCAAAAGGAGGGGAGUCUGAUGAUGGUUACUAUGUGGAUUUACUGCAAAUGAAACUUGACAACUCAAACAAGGAAACAGAAACAUUGAAAAAUGAACUAUCUUUGCAGAGGAUGAAAGCUCUGCAUGAGAGCCAAAGAGUUCUGGAGGUUGAAAGGAAGCUCUUUGCGAAUGAGAGGCAUUUGCAAGUUUGUCAGAGUGAGAAUAUGAACUUGCGAGUUAUGCUGGAUGAGCUAAAAAUGAAAUAUGAACCUGAAGAAUUACUUAAAGGCACUAAUAUUAAAAAGAGGAGGGAGAAGAUUCCAGUGGACAGUACUUGUGAAUACUUGGACAGCAAAAAUACUUCAGUAAAAGAAGCUGCCCUUAUUCAGUUGCCAAGUAAGGAAGAAAUAAAGAUGACUUCUAAGAACUUGGAGCAAAGCGGCGCUUCUCCAAAAAAACACGCUCCUGAAGCAGUGCCAAUGAAUAUGGCUCUUCAAGUAAUGCAGAAAGUAGUUGAACCUGAAAAAGAAAGGAAGAGAGUCAAAAUUGAAGAUAAGAAUCAUGAUGCCUUUACUUCAUGUAGCGGAAGUGGAAGCAAUUCCUUGACUUCAGCUGCCCCCAGGUUAACAGCUGAAUCCAGCUUUGACACUACAGAAAAAGAAGAUGAGAAAGAAAAUAAAAUCACGACUGAGAAGAAAAUGCAAAAGAAAAAAUAUACAACGUUGUAUGUAUCUUCUAAGCCAACUUCUGAAACACAGUGUGCUCAGCAAUAA